AUGCUCCACCGCGCUUUCUCGCUUGUCCUUCUUCUCUCCGCGUUCUCCGUCGAGGUUUUCGCACACCACCCUAAAGCCUCAGCCUCGGCCUCAAGUACCGUGGGUAAAGGCAACACACUUGCCGCUGCCUCAAGUUGUGCAGCGCCCUCGGUCACUGUAACUGUCACCGCCGCCGCUAACGCCGUUUCUGCCACAAGUACGGCUAAGGCGGGCUCGGGCUCAUCGUCGGGCUCAGGCUCAUCGUCGAGCUCGGGUGGCAACAACGGCUCCACCGGUGGCGCUACCGGCAACAACGGUUCGAAGGGUGGCGCGGCCGGCAACAACAACGCGAAGACCACCGCUGCUAGCGCGAAGACCACUGCCGCUGCCGCGAAGACCUCAUCUGCCGCCACUGCUAUCUCCACUGGUACUGCUGGUAAUGUGGCUGCAACCGACCCUAGCCAGUCCUCGCAAACGCUUUUGCAGUCGGUGAUUGCGACUGGGUUUGCAUCUGAUGGCCAGGAGACCCCGACUGCUGGUCAGGUCGCUUCAUUGACGUCCACGAACAACUUCAUCAACUUCUGCGCGACGACCAACCUGCCGAUCACCAACGGCCAGCAGAUCAAGACGGGAUCCUGCAACCCGGCGCCGAUGGGUAUGAUCGCGCCCCAGACGAAAAUGCCCACGGCCAAGUUCGUCAACCCCCCGAACUUGGGUACGAUCGCCGCGAACACACCCUUCACGAUCACCAUGGCUGUCAACAACUUGAACGCUGGCCACUUCGUGAACGCCCAGGCGAACUACUACUCGGCACCUCAGCAGCUUGACGCGAAGCAAGUGAUCAUCGGUCACUCUCACUUCGUCAUCGAGCAGCUCCAGAGCAUGACGCAGACCACGCCGCUCGACAACACCAAGUUCGCGUUCUUCCAGGGUGUCAACACCCCGGUUGACGCGAAGAGCCAGCUCAACGUGGACGUCACCGCUGGUCUCCCCGCUGGUGUGUACCGUCUCGGUAGCAUCAACGCCGCGGCGAACCACCAGCCGGUUCUUGUUGCGGUUGCCCAGCACGGCCUGCUCGACGACGUCGUGUACUUCACGGUCACGGACAACGGCGCGGCGGCGAACAAGUCCACUGCUGCCGCUGCCGCUGCCUCCUCUGCCGCAGCUAAGGCAUCCGGGGGCAAGACGAGCAAGAAGACCCGCCGCUCUCGCCGCAACUUCCACGUCAAGCGUGAGGACUACUGA